GCUCCGUUGAACACUGGCACAAAUGCUCCACCUGCAGAAGACGACUUACCCUGUGGCCACCUUCCAAUUGAUGACUGGAAUGAAGCGGCUCUUGUUGGCGCAGUCAACUUGGAGUGGCAAGGAGGUCAUCGCGGUGCCAGAUUUGGAAAUCAGCUCUUCACUGCUGCCGUGUCGAUUGCCCUUGCAAUGAACUCUGGAAAGCCCAUCAUAUUUCCGCCGCCGAUCAGCAAAAAGCAGAUCCACAAAUUGCCUUGCAUCCGAUCGAGCCGCCACAUUGGAAAGUUGUGCACAGGUUGCCAAGAAGAUAUGAUCUGGCAGGAUCGCAACCAGAGCUGUGGCGAAGGAGCAGGGUGCCUUCAACAUCUGAAGAGCACGAGGAAAAUACAGUAUAUCGGAGUUGGCUACCACCAGAAUAUACGUGAGUGGGGGAAAAAACCUGCGGUGGAGUGGCUGCCGAUUUUCCGGCAGAUGUUCUGGGCACCAGUUCCGCAAGAGCCACCAGCUCCGCUGCCUUCGAGCACGGAUUUGGUCAUUUAUUUCCGCUCCUUCUUUGAUCGCAGCUUCUUCGAUGUUUGGCACAUGCAGAUGAGAGUUGGACAUAUGCCAUUAGCGUAUUACCGGUGGGCAGCGCAACAUCACCGCAGAGUUGUAUCGCAGUCGGCAAAGAUCUGGCUCGUGUCUGCCCCGGAGUAUCGCGCUCACCCAACACUUCUGAGUAUCAAGACAGAGCUGGGUGCUGAGCUCUUCGAAGCUAUGAACGAUGCAGAGAUUCCUUGGCUUGGUGACUUUACCUGGGUUCGUUCUGCUUCCCACAUAGUGCUCUCCUGCAGCACAUUUGGCUGGUGGGCUGGUUUCUUGAGCUAUGCGACCACCAUCUAUGCCGGGUUGCCACCGAUGCCUAUUCCAAUGCCUUGGUGCGAACUUCUGCCAGACGACCCACGUUACAUCUUCUACGACGUCCUCAAGGAGGAAGAAUUCAAGAUAUUCGCCUCGGCAAGGAAGCGCUGCCUGGAGUACCAGGAAUGCAACACCAAGAGGGAUUGCCCUGCUAUUGCGCAAAUCAGUGAGUACUAUCGCGAAGUUAUCUCUGCUUUCAAAGCAAACGGCUCGGAGAUUAAGUACCUGCGCAGUCACAAUGUUUCAGUUUAG